AUGAGCAACAUCGUCGCUUCUUUCCAGCGCAGCAAGUUUGACCAGACCAAGGUGCCCGACUUGAGCGGCAAGGUCUACGUUCUGACGGGAGGCACCAACGGCAUCGGUCUCUCUGUCUCGCGCACCCUCUUCAAGCGAGGCGGACGUGUCAUCCUCCUCGGUUCGAAGCAGGAGACGGGCGACGCCGCUUGCGAGUACAUCAAGACCGGCGACCUCGACAAGGCUCCGCACGACUACAAAGAAGGGUUCGGAGCUCAGCGUGACAACAGCGCGAACGGGGCGACGAAGGAUGGACAGGUCGAAUGGAGGCACAUGGAGGGCGCGGAUCUGAAAGAGGUUGCGGAUGUUGCGAAGACGCUUGCGGGAGAACUGGACAGGCUUGACGGGUUCCUGGCGAUCGCUGGACUCGGUGUGAACGCGUUCGAGCUCACGAAGGACGGCUACGACUCGCACCUUACCAUCAACUGCCUCACGCACAUCCUCCUCCUCUCGCAGCUCCUUCCCAUCCUUGAAAAGACCUCCCGCAACAACCCCGACGCCGACGUCCGCUUCAUCUCGAUGGCGAGCGAGAUGCACCGAUUCACGUUCGGCGGACCGAGCGAGAAGUGGGGCGGGAGUAGGUUUGCGACGGAGGAGGAGUUUAAGAAGGAUGUUGGGCCGAGCAACCUUUACGCAAGGACCAAGCUCGGCAACAUCUUGACUGUGAAGGUCCUGGCCUACGCUGUACACCCAGGCGGCGUCGCCACAGGCCAAAAUGACCAAGUCAAGCCCGCAUAUGGCGAAACGAUCGGCAAAGUCGUCGAGAGGCUCGUGAGGCCGAUCCUGCGCGCCCCGGACGAUGGAGCCUUGUCGACGCUUUGGGCUGCGACGGCGCCCGAAGCGAGGAGCGGGGAGUUUGAGAACGGGAGCUAUUAUACGGAUCCGGCUGAGCCGGGCAAGGAGACGAGCGAGGCGACCGACCCGGAGCUCAUCAACAAUUUCUGGAAGACGUCGCUCUCGAUUCUGGAGAAGGUUGUCGGGAAGGAGAACGUCGGGCCUUUCAAGGGUUAA